AUGCCAAUUCCCGAAACUUCUGUCAGCAACGGAGCUGGGGAAAAUGGGGAAACAUACUCUUAUGUCACAACGGAUCCUGAGGAUCGAAGACGAGUGCUUUCUAGAAGCAUUAAAGCCAACGCCUCACGAAGUCACCAUUCCUGCUGCUUCCCGUACAAGUGUUAUCCACCAGCCGGCAGUGCUUGUGGUGCUGCGGGCCGCAGCGAUGGCGCCGCUACCAACGAGUUUAAAGAACCCUCAGUGAGCCAGGAUUGCAGUGCCCGCGGAGGACUCGACUAUCUUCGCGCCCUUCCUGCCAGGCCUGGCAAUUGCAUUUUGUUCCGACCCUCCAAAGUCAUGGCAGCUUCACCAGAAUCUCUUGCGAAUAUCUGGCGCGUUUCAAUCUUGAAUGGACACCGCAAUGUUUUCCUCAUCACACCGAAGGGGCACUACACUUUUCUCCGCCCCGGUGAAGAUUCGACUUCGCCCUUUGGAAUAUUCCCUUUCCUUCCGCAUAAGUGA